AGCUGAGUGCGGUCCAGCCUCUGCGCUGUGAAGCAGCAGCCAGUUAGUCCGACAGUGAAGGACACGGAGCCGCCAGAGCCUUCCCCGCAGCCGGCGCACACCGGAGCAUAAUUAACUGGAAUAAAGACGCAGAAGAAGAACAGCUGCGGUCCUGCGGUGUUACCGGAUAAACAGGCACAGCUGAGGAAGCGAGAGGAGGAAGCGAGAGGAGGAAACAAGAGGAGGAAGCGAGAGGAGGUGCUGGAGGUCCGUGUGUCCGUUUGUCACCUCACACACGGAGCCUGAGGAGAGCUGACGGUGUCAUUGCGACAGAGUGUGUGUGUGUGAAGCUUCGCUCUCUGGUCACGAGGAGUUGCUGCUGUUGUGUCUGUUGCUCCUUUUUCUUCUUACUGACACGUCUGUGCUGCACGCGCGGGCGAGCCGUGCGUCGUCCCCUCGCUCGCUCCGUCCUUUCCUCCCUGCUUCGUCCCCAGCCUUCAGCCGGCUUCUUUGGCGUAACUGUGCCGGAGCUGCGACUGUCUGCAGCCUGGAGAGACAGCUGGGCGUCAUCAGAAUCUCGACCUCAUCGGAUCCAUCGUUACCAAAGAGCCGCAGGCCUGAGCCUUCCUGGCGACUUCACCGCCGGCGGCUGGGACUCUGAUCCUGCUGCUCUGAGGACACCAAGGACAGACGACGUCUCGGCUGAUCUGGAUGCACUUUUUCUGUCAUUUCCUGUUUCCACAGACGCCUCUGCAGCCUGGACACGGUGGAUGUAGAAAAAAACACGCCGCUCUUUUCUCAACACAAUUCCUCGCGAUGUCGCCUCGCAGGAGGUGACGUGUGGCUCCUCCUAACAUGUAGCCAGGACGACCUGAAGAGCCCUCCCACAAACUUUCCUUCGAACAGGCCGAUCGCUGCCGGAUGAGCGAACGCUCACUCCCACAAAACACAAGCUGAGACGCUGAGCGAGGGUUCAUAAAGUGCUACCGGCUCAUUAUCAGCCACGGCACUUCCUAUUUUCAUCUUUAAUCUUUGUAUUCUGAGUAAUCAUCUUUUUAAUUAAUGGUGACGGCGGCAUGAAAUCUUCCCCGCCGCCCUCCUUUUCUCCCGGUGCCACCUGAAACCAAUUAGCAGAUCUAGAUGGGGAUUAGACACGGGGGGAGCCGCGAUUAGACACAACGACAGGAGAAGAGAGCCUGAGAACAAAGCCGGAGGCGGGGUUAGGGAGGAGCCCGCCGUCCAUUCUGGGUGAUCGAUAGAAGGGAGGAGUAGAUAUGGAUACGGCCGGAUUGGGGAGGCAACCCUCAGCAGGCGUGAGUCAGCAGGUAGAGGCGACUGUCGGUGCCCAGAGUCGUGACUGACAGGAGCUGCCCGGGACUCGUUGUCAUUCCCUGCACGGAGCGGCGGAGCACGAGGAGAGACUCCUGGCUCGUCUCCACAAUCAGGGCCAAUUAAGAGGAUUUGAUUAUAUGCCUUAAUCUUGGCAGUCAGGUGGAAAAAGCAGACAGAAAGAGAAAGAGGAGGCAGAGCAGGUGCCACCGAUACACACCAUUAUCUCCAUCCAUCUCUAAUUGAGUUUGUUGCUGCCCUCGCCGGGCGCUCGCCUCAUCUCCUCUACAAAAGAAAUCUGUCUCCAAGAGUUUUUCUCGAGAGAACAGAGAAGUAAAGGCGAGGCCUUUGUUUCCUUUUUCUUUACCUUCUGCAAACACUCGGAUCUCCCUUCAGAGACAUUCCCCAUCUCCCUCACCCUUUCCAAGUCCCAUUUCAUCCCACCUUCCAGACUCACAGUCCCAGUAUGGACAUGUCCAGUCUCCCUGCAGGUUUCACAAUCUCCAUAUCAAGAGUGAGAUAAAAGUAUUAUAGAGGCGAGGGCAGAAAGCAGCGAGAGGCUGAAUCUGCAGAGGACGGAGCACAGACUUUAUUUCCUCCCAUCGAACGUCCCCAAAGCUUCAAUUCCUCUUCUUAAACUCCCUCCUCUCCCCGGAGCUUUCCCAAGCUCUCCUCUGUGGAUCGUACUCUCUGCAGUGACCGUCCGACCCGGACUUUUCCCAGAUUUAACCGACCUCCGUCAUCCGAAGCAAUCCUUUGAUAUCGGCUCCUCGUGUCCUCAUCUUCAUUCGGUGGCGGUACAGGCAGCCAGCAGACCAUUCUCCAUGAGGAGCGGUGGAAGAUGCCGGCUCUGCCAGCACUGCUGCUGUCGAUUUACACCGUCGCCUCGCUGCUGACCAUGGCGCCGCUCUCCUUCAGCCAGGCCAACACCCUCUCUGCCGUCCGCAUGGUGUGUCAGAUCCUGCCGAAGGGUGUGGUCUCUGUGAUCGGCCCCGCCUCCAGCCCCGCCUCUGGGUCCACCAUCAGUCACAUCUGUGGGGAGAAGGAGAUCCCUCACGUGAAGAUCGGUCCCGAGGAAACGCCCAAGCUGCCCUAUCUCCGCUUUGCCUCGGUGACGCUCUACCCGAGUAACGAGGACCUGAGCCUGGCCAUCGGCUCCAUCCUGCGCUCCUUCGGCUACCCGACAGCCAGCCUGAUCUGUGGCAAAGCAGAGUGUCUGCUGCGAUUGGAGGAGCUGGUCCGCCGCUUCCUCAUCUCCAGGGAGACGCUGUCGGUGCGGAUGCUGGACGACAGUCUGGACCCCACCCCCCUGCUGAAGGAGAUACGUGAUGACAAAGUGGCCACCAUCAUCAUUGACGCCAACGCCUCCAUCUCGUAUCACAUCCUCAGGAAGGCUAACGAGCUGGGCAUGACGUCCGCCUUCUACAAGUACAUCCUCACCACCAUGGAUUUCCCCCUACUGCGACUUGACGAUGUGGUGGACGAUCAGUCAAACAUCGUGGGCUUCUCCAUGCUGAACAUCAGCCAUCCUUUCUACCUGGAGUUCCUCAGGAGCCUCAACCUGUCCUGGAGGGAGGGCUGCGACGUCAGCCCGUACCCGGGACCCGCGCUGUCGUCAGCACUGAUGUUCGACGCCGUCCACGUGGUGGUGAGCGCCGUGCGAGAGCUGAACCGCAGUCAGGAGAUCGGCGUGAAGCCGCUGAGCUGCACCUCCCCGCUCAUCUGGCAGCACGGCACCAGCCUCAUGAACUACCUGCGCAUGGUGGAGUACGACGGUCUGACGGGUCACAUCGAGUUCAACAGCAAAGGCCAGAGAACCAAUUACACCCUGAAGAUCCUGGAGAAACACCCUGCAGGCCAUAAAGAGAUUGGCGUUUGGUACUCCAACAACACGCUGGCCAUGAACUCCACCUCCCUCGACCUCAACGCAUCAGAGACGCUGGCCAACAAGUCGCUCGUCGUCACCACAAUACUGGAAAACCCUUACGUGAUGCGCAAGUCCAACUACCAGGAGUACCAGGGCAACGAUCAGUAUGAGGGCUUCUGCGUGGACAUGCUGCGGGAGCUGGCGGACAUCCUGAAGUUCUCCUUUAAGAUUAAGCUGGUGGACGACGGGCUGUACGGAGCGCCAGAGCCCAACGGCAGCUGGACCGGCAUGGUGGGGGAGCUCAUCAACAGGAAAGCGGACCUGGCGGUGGCCGGCUUCACCAUCACUUCGGAGAGAGAGAAGGUGAUCGAUUUCUCCAAACCCUUCAUGACUCUGGGGAUCAGCAUCCUGUACCGGGUUCAUCUGGGUCGUAAGCCGGGCUACUUCUCCUUCCUGGACCCGUUCUCUCCGGCUGUCUGGCUCUUCAUGCUUUUGGCUUACCUCGCCGUCAGCUGCGUCCUCUUCCUCGCAGCCAGGCUCAGUCCCUACGAAUGGUACAACCCUCACCCGUGUUUGCGGGAGCGGCGGGACAUCCUGGAGAACCAGUACACGCUGGGGAACAGCCUGUGGUUCCCAGUGGGCGGCUUCAUGCAGCAGGGCUCCGAGAUCAUGCCGCGGGCGCUGUCCACGCGCUGCGUCAGCGGAGUCUGGUGGGCUUUCACCCUCAUCAUCAUCUCGUCCUACACGGCCAACCUGGCAGCAUUUCUCACGGUGCAGAGGAUGGAGGUGCCCAUCGAGUCUCCGGACGAUCUGGCGGACCAGACCAACAUCCAGUACGGCACCAUCCACGGAGGCUCCACCAUGACCUUCUUCAUGAACUCGCGGUACCAGACGUACCAGCGGAUGUGGAACUACAUGUACUCCAAGCAGCCCAGCGUGUUCGUGAAGAGCACAGAGGAGGGCAUCGCCCGCGUCCUCAACUCCAAGUACGCCUUUCUGAUGGAGAGCACCAUGAACGAGUACUACCGCAGCCUCAACUGCAACCUCACGCAGAUCGGAGGACUGCUGGACACCAAAGGAUACGGCAUCGGCAUGCCUCUGGGCUCUCCGUAUCGAGACGAGAUCACUCUGGGAAUACUGCAGCUGCAGGAGAGCAACAGGCUGGAGAUCCUGAAGAGACGCUGGUGGGAGGGAGGACAGUGCCCCAAAGAGGAGGACCACAGGGCCAAAGGGCUCGGCAUGGAGAACAUCGGCGGGAUCUUCGUGGUUCUGAUUUGCGGUCUCAUCAUUGCCGUCUUCGUGGCCAUCAUGGAGUUUGUGUGGUCGACACGCCGCACCGCCGAGACGGACGAGCGACCCCUGACCAGCACUGGGGGCGGAGUCCUACGUCACCCAUCCCGCCUGGCUCUGGCCGGUCCCCGCCCCAUCCGCCUGAUUCGAGAGAUGCGCCUCAGCAACGGGAAACUGUACAGUGGCGCCGGCCCAAUGACGGGCGGGUUGGCAGGGGUCGGGAUGGGAGGAUGCCCCGAUCUGGGCCCGGGGCCACAGAGGCUCCUGGAGGACCCGCUGGGCACCAAAACCUCUACCACCACCCUCCCUCCUGCGUCAGCCCUAGUGGCUCCGCCCGCCCCCCCGCGCAGCUUCCUGCAGGCCUGCAGUCACGUACGCAUCUGCCAGGAGUGCCGGCGGAUCCAGAGCCUGCGACCGGCCACGCUUACCCCACCCCCGCCCCCUCCACCCUCCUCAUCCUCCUCCGCCUCCUCCUGCUCCCGGGUCCCGCCCUCAGUGUCGAUGACAGGCCUUCACCCCCGCCACAGCGCUCACCAUCAUCUCCAUUAUCACCACGGCUCCAUGUCGCUGCCCCGCCUUCCGCCGCCCCCUCCCCCGAUGCCGACGGACAGAGCUGACAGCGACGGGGGCAUGGCGAGCCCGCAGCGGUACAAACACAAACCUGUGCCCCCGCCCCGGCCGCUGCCCCCCAACAAGACCCCGACACACCCACCGACAGACUUACUCAGCGGACACGACUGAGCCUAAGGAUGCUGUCUGUGGGGUCAAAGGUCACAAACUACUCAUUGACCCCAAAGCUGUAUUGGUCUAAACUGGCUCGUCAGCAGGGGUCAAAGGAGGAAACCAUUCUGACCCCUUUGUGGGGGUCAUCCAUUAAAGCAAAGACACGUCAGUGGACUGCACCAAACCUUUACGGGGGGUAAGCGGAUUGACCCGCUCUGAGGAUGAAGGACUACUCAUGGACUUUUUACCUUUUGGAUUAAACAGACAAACAGGAAGUGACUGUCUGAGGCCGACCCGCCCUCAGCCAAUCAUCUCGCUCCAUGCCGAGCAACGAGGACUCAGACAGACUGUUUGAUACUGAUCCAGGUGUUUGUAUAGACGAAACGCUACAGAUACACACACUCACACAAAGUGGAGAAGAAGAAAAACUAAGUUUGUGAUUGUAUUUCCUGUCCUGUUGUCCAAUCAGAGGAGCUUCUCCUCCUCCUCGUCCCGAUCCUGAAGCUGAUGUCACAGCGAUCUGAUCGCCGAGCUGUCUCAUUUCUAAAGGUCACCUGUCAGCUGCUGCCGGCGCUGAGCUCCAUCGCUGAAUAAUUUGGACCUGCUGUACAAAAAAAAAACAACCUGUUGACUUUUUCCCUUUUUUACUAUGAAAUGAACAAACAGCUGCUGCAG